GGGAGAGGAAAUGGACGGCCUGGCUGCCCUGGGCAUAGGGUCCUUAAAUGCGCACUGGCAGUCCCAAAGGACCCCAGGUGCCGGGCCAACGCCCACAGGCAAUACAGCAUGGCAGGCAGCACAAUCUGUUCCCCGAAACGUUCCUUUCGUUGGCCAGAUUCUAAUUGACGCGAAAUAAGUUUUUGGUUGCAACCACUUCACAUGUCAGCGUUUUGACUUGGGGCAGGCUCCCGCUGCAUCACACUGUGAGGAGGCUGGCUCUAGGCUCUAGGCUCUAGGCUCUAGGCUCUAGGCUCUAGGCUCUAGGCUCUAGGCUCUAGGCUGACCUCUAGGAUUGCUUUCCGUUGUGGUCAGCAGCAUGACGUCCUUUCAGAUGCUGCGGAAGAAAACGCCGUUUCAGAAGCACAGGGAGGAAGAAGAAGCACGCAAAAAGCGUGAAGAUGAAGAGGCCGCGAAGUUGUAUGAGGAGUUUGUGGAGUCAUUUGAGGCCGAUGAUAAGAAGCCCAAGGCAUUUGUACGGGGUGGCGUCAUUGACCCCUCCAAAAGGGUGGGGCAUGAAGUGGAAGGUAAACCGAAGGCUGGAGCACGCUAUGUCCCGUCCUUCUUACCACCCACGGUGCCAGCUGCUGCUAAUGACCCAGAACAAGAGAAAGAGGCUGUGCCGGAGAUCAAGCGAGAGAAGGCGAAGGUGCGCAACAUCGACAAUUUCAUGGAGGAGCUGCGGCGCGAGCAGGAGGCGCGCGAGGAGAGGGCCAAGCGACGCGACCACCGGCCCAACAGCCGCUUUGAUGAGCUGCCGGAGGAGCCCCUCGGGUUUGAUCCGUUCAAGGGCUCAUUUGACAUGGACGGGGACCCUGCCACCACGAACCUGUAUGUGGGCAACCUCGCACCCCAGAUUGACGAAAGCUUCCUGCUGCGCACUUUUGGUCGUUUUGGGCCUAUUGCCAGCGUCAAGAUCAUGUGGCCGCGCUCUGAUGACGAGAAGCGGCGGGCCAGGAACUCGGGUUUUGUAGCGUUCAUGAAGAGGAAGGACGCGGAAGCUGCCAAAGAUGAGAUGUCAGGGGCCCUCAUGUGUGACUACGAGCUCAAGCUGGGGUGGGGAAAGGCCAUCCCCCUUCCUGCACAGGCCCUUCCCGCACCCCCCGCGGGCGCCAGUGCGCACAGCAUGCUACCGGCAGGGGGCGCCUCUAUCCCCCCACCUGGAGGCAUCCCCCGCACUGCGGCGGAGGCUAUUGCCAAGGCGGCUGCGGCCGCUGCUAAGCUGGCGCUGCUGGCCCCGGGGGUCGAACCUCCCCCUCCCCGCUUCCCGGAUGUGGCGGUGGUGAUGCCGGCUGACGCAUUCCAGCAGCGUGUCAUAGACACCGUUGCGCUGUUUGUCCUGGACGACGGCUGCGCCUUUGAGCAGGCCAUCAUGGAACGGGAGCGCGGCAACCCAACGUACGCAUUCCUCUUCGACCUGGCGUCCCCGCUGCACCAGUACUACCGCUGGCGCGUCUUCUCGUUUGCUCAGGGGGACACGCUCACGCGCUGGCGCGUGGACCCUUUUGUCAUGGUGCAGGGUGGGCCGCGCUGGCUGCCGCCGCCCCUCCCGGACGACAGCUCCGACAAGAAGCAGGAGGCGCCCACUGCGGCAGCCGGCAAAGGCAAGGGCGCCGGAGAGCGGCCUCUGAGCGACACGCUGCGGGACGAGUUCGAGGACAUGCUUCGUGCGCUGACGCUGGAGCGCAGCAUGGUGCGCGACGCCAUGGGCUUUGCGCUGGACAACGCGGACGCGGCGGCGGAGGUGGUGGAGGUGGUGGCGGAGGCGCUCACGCUGGCGGAGACGCCCAUCCCGUCCAAGGUGGCGCGCCUCAUGCUCGUGUCCGACAUCCUGCACAACUCCAGCGCGCCUGUCAAGAACGCGUCCGCGUACCGCACGCUCCUCCAGGCGCGCCUGCCCGACAUCUUCGAGAGCUUCAACGAGACCCUCCGCAACGUCACGGGCAGAAUGACCGCCGAGGCCCUCAAGGCGCGUGUGGGCAAGGUGUUGGCGGUGUGGGGAGACUGGUUCCUCUUUUCGGAGAGCUUCAUCGCGGGCCUGCGCACCACGUUCCUGCGUCGCUCGGACACGGGCGUGCCCCCCUUCCACACGCUGCCCACCAGUCCCCCGGAGGAGGAGGCGGCCGCUCCAGAGGGCCCCUCGGCAGCGGAGGGCGACGCCACUUCGGGUGGGCUGGAGGCGGAGCUGCGUGCGCUGUCGCUUGCGGAGCUGGAGCGGCGGUGCAAGCACAGCGGGCUGUCCCUGCGCGGGGGCCGCGCCGUGAUGGUGGCGCGCCUGCUGCACCUGGACGAGGAGGAGCACGGCCCGCGCAAGGGCGGCCAGCAGGAGGCACACAAAGUGGGGGGCGCUCAGGGGGCCGCCAGCGGGGGCAAGGCGAGCCGCAGCCGAGCGGCGCCCACAGGGCAGUGGCAGGCGGUGGACCCGAGCAGCGAGCCGACGGUGGGGUGGGAACAGAUCGGGGCGGACGCCGUCAAGGCGGGACCGGACGGGGGGGCCGCGUUUGCCAGUGGCACCCUGCAGAUUCCCGAGUACGAGGGGGGCCUUGGGGGGAGCAGUGGGCGGGCAACGAGCGAGGGGCGGCCUGCGUCUCGGCAGAGCCUGGACAAGACCGAGGGCGGGGCCGGGGGGGACAAGAAGAAGGGCCGCGCGGAGGUGGUCCUGCCGGCCUCCAAGUGGGCCCACGACGCUGCGGACAGCGACGACGACGACAACGACGACGAGAGCGCGGGGAGGCCGGCGCAGAGUGGGCAGCAACAGGGGGCAGCGGGGGGUGCCGCCGACCCUAGCGAGGAUGAUCGGCGGUCGUCGGACUUGGACAUCUUCGAAGGCGCGGGGAAGCCCGAGAGAGCGGAGGCGCCGGGGGCCAGUGCAGAGCUGGAGGAGGAGAGGAGGCAGCGGCUGCGGAAGCUGGAGGUGACGCUGAUGGAGUACCGGGACUCGCUGGAGGAGCGCGGGGUCAAGGAUGGCGCGGAGCUGGAACGCAAAGUGGCGGCAUAUCGCCGGCGACUGGAGGCAGAGGCGGAGGCCCAGGCGCAGGCGCGAGCAGGGAAGAAGGCCGACGAAAGUGGGAGUGGGCGCAGGGACAAGGAAGCCAGCGGGGAGAGGCGGACAGACAGCCCGCGGGGCAAGGAGCGGAAGCGGGCCCGGUCCAGCGAGAAGACGGGGUCGGGGCGGAAACGAGCAAGGAGUAGGAGUGGAAGUCCAACGAGAGAGAAGAGUCGAGAGAGAGGGAGGGAGACGAGGGAGAGGGACAAGGAACGAGGUCGGGAAAGAGACAGAGAUAGAGAGAAAGAGAGAGAAAGGGAACGAGAGAAAGAGAAAGAGAGGGCGAGGGGGAAAGAUAAAGAACGGGAGCGGCGAGAAAAGCGCAGGUAAGAAUAUGUACAAUGUUGAUGCAUCUCGCUAGUCUUCAAGUGAGUUUAGAAAGGUCUUCAACGUAUGAUCGAGUUGCAUCGAGAUCCAAUCCAGGUGCUGUACUUGACAACCGUCGAGCAGAUUUAUAAGGAUUCUGUACUCGCCAUUGGCUCACGCCAAGAUGUUGGUCUCUUUUCACAUGCCGUAGCCAAUGCGGCAAUAAGCUUCCCAUGG